UUAUUAUAAGUUAAGUGGGUGGAGCAGGCAAGUUGAAAGAAAGGAAGGAGUCUGCUGCUCUCUGGUAUUAGAAGUGCUGGCAUUCAGUCAUCUUCGUCGUCGCCGUGGUGGGGGUCGUUGGUGCUGAUUUCUUCGUCUUACAGCACACUGCUGCUGCCUCUAAUUCGGCUGCUGUUGUUAUAAUUCUUGUCAGUGUGGGGUACUUAGAAAAGAUAAAGAAAGAAAAAACACACAAAAAGGCAAAAGAAAACUACCCCCUCUGGAAUCCCCCCCUUACUGAAGGAACUUAAAAUAAAGGUUAGACAAAAAGAAGAAAUUUUUAUGUUUACAUAUAUAUAUAUAUAUAUAUAUAUAAUAGUAUAUAUAUUAUAUAUGUAAAUAUAUGUUUAGAUAUUGAAACAUAAUUGUCAGACCCCUAAAGAAAUCAAAACCAGUUCCCCAAAACAAGCCUCAAUAUCAACUAGAAAGAAAGGGAAGGAGCCCCUGAAAUACCAAACCAAUUACUUGCAGUUUGUUGGUACCAUAGCUGCAGAACAGGUAAUGGUACCUUUUGAAGGAAGAAUCUAAAGUUAUAUUUUGUCUGUCAAUCUUGGAAUUCUGUACCACUAUUUUGGAUAUAUACAUGAUAAAUAUACAUAUUAUGCAUACACCACACUUGUGUAUGUAAUUAUAUAAUACACAUAGUUUUAUAAAAUAGCAUAUAUAUACAUAUAUAUAUACACACACGUAUAAACAUAUACAGAAAUAUUCGUUUAUUUUUAGAUAUAUAUAUAUCUAUCAAUAUAUAUGUAUAUCUGUAUAGAUAUAUUUUGAAUUAUUUUUUAUGGCAUCUAUUACUUUUGGUAUACAGUGUCGAUAUUGGAAAGUUUACCAAUAUCAUUUGAGAAAGGAACAAGUCUACAACACAACACAAAGACAAGGGAAGAGGUGGACAGACCCAAACAGAUUCUUUAGAUUCUGAGAAUAUAUGUGGAAAAGGAAAAAUAUAUAAACAAACACACACAAGAAAAUAAAAUGGAAACAUUUAAACCAGCUCCUACAGCCAAACCGGCGCCAGUAGCAAAGCCGGCACCCCCAGCAAAGCCAGCUGGAGCAAAACCAGCACUACCAUCAAAGCCAGCUGUUGGUCCCAAAACUGCACCUGCUCCCAAACCUGCACCUGGUCCCAAACCCGCUCCUGCACCAAGGCCUACACUUGCAGGAAAGGUUAAACCAAAGCGAACGAAAGCGCCAGAAGCACCACAACCUGUUCCAAAGCAAAGAACAGAACCUGCAGAGACACAUGUACAGGAAGUGCCACCAACAGUGGUUGAACAACCACAGCCACAGCCUGUAGUUAGGCAAGCCCCUGUUGUCGUGCAAGCACAUGUUGUAGAACCAGAAGCUGCAGUUUCUGCAGCACCUGUGAUAAAGCAACCACCUCCAGCAGAGCCCACACCUGUGGUGGAGCAGCCACCUCCCCAACAGCCUACACCUGUAGCUGUGGUGGCAGCACCACCUGUGGUGGAAGAAGAAGAUCUGCCACCACCACCACCACCAGAACCUACACCUGUACCUGUUGUAGAAGCAACACCUGUGGUUGCAACGACGCCUGUCGUUUAUCAGUCACCUGAACCUACACCUCCACCUGUGGUGGAGCAGCCCCCUACACCAGAACCUGUAACUGUGGUAGAAGAACUGCCUCCACCAGAGCCCACACCUGUACCUGUGGUAGCAACUGCAUGUGCCAUAGAGCAGACCCCUAGACAGGAAGAGGACCCUACAGUAGCAACAGAGAAUGUCGUAGUAGAGGCAAGUGCAGCAGCACACCAAACGACUGCAGCUGAAAGUGCACCUGAAGAACAUGAAGUUGCACCUGAAGUGCAAACGUCUGAAGCAGCUGCAGCAACUGUCUCUAUUGCAGCAGCAGCAGCAGCAGCGUAUCAACCAGCUGAACCAGAACAUAAGCCACCCGUUGUUGUGGUUGCAACGCAAGAACCUGCACCGUCACAGACUGGUGAGGUAGUUUAUACGCAACCAGAAACUCCACCCACUACAAACUCGGUCACAUUUUCAGACAAGGUCGAGGAACAGGCUCCCAGCCAAACCGCUCCGAUGGUUAACGGCCAUGGUGAUGACAUACCCAAAACUGAAGUCGUUAUUACCCCGGGGCCUGAGACAUCAGAUAAUCAGGAAACGCUAAGUGGCGAAACAAGUGGCACCUCAGCCCUUUUAAUCACCUCGAAUAAAUCGGAACCCUCGAAUGAACCCAGCAGCAGCAAAAAGAAAACUGUAACGAAACCUGGCAAGAUGGCACAAACAAACAUACAGCUCCUGGAUGGCAACAUUUAUGACCUUGAAAUCUCGAAAAACGCUUCAGGCCAGGAAUUGUUUAGUAAAGUAUGUGAUCAUUUGAAUCUUCUUGAAAAGGAUUACUUUGGCCUUACCUACAUUGAUAAGGAAAAUAAUGAUAUUAAACAAUGGCUUUCAUUGGAAAAGAGAAUUUCGAAGCAGAUUAAAGAUAAAAAUGUUCCUUGGGAAUUUGCAUUCCAAGUGAAAUUUUAUCCUCCUGAUCCAUCCUUACUUCGAGAAGAUCUUACAAGAUACAUGCUGUGCCUUCAAAUCCGAGUUGACAUAUUAAAUGAGAGGUAAGGUUAUUUUCAUGUAUCGCAUGACCUAAAACACUGAGCAACCUUUCACAAACGAUUACCAAGCUAAUUAUCUGUCAUAAAAGUUC